GAUGAUGAUAUGGCUCAAACCGAAGACAUCUAUCAGCAAAACCGCAUCCACGCCGGCCCCGAGGUUGAAGAGUUUGGACGAUGGCUGGACGAGUGCAGUCUGACCCACGCAACACCCGACAAGAAGCGCGAGCGCGUCCUCCAGCUCGUCACCCGAUACCAUGAUUUCACGAACGAGAAAGCAACCGUCCUGCGCGAACGUCGAAACCUGGAGAGGUUAGCCAGAGGCCGCCGAUGGGAUCCGUCACAGUCCAGCGAUGAUGCCAACGAUGCGGAGACAGACAACACGCAAGACGCCGUUGAGGUCGACGACGCGGCCAGGUGGGAGUCGGAGGCUCAGACGUGGGGCUUAUUAGCUCGACUACUCCCACUGCGGCACCCAGAUCCAGCUGCCAAACCACUCAAGUCGAGCUUCACUUUGCUUUCACGGAGAGAUUACUGGGACGACUUCAUCUUGACAGACUCGGUAGCCCAGGAACGUAAGGCUGUCCUGGAAUGGCUGCAGUCCACCGCGAGCGCUGGUCCUCCCAUCGAUGAACUCGUCCAAGAGUUUCAGCAGAAGGCCGAUCGAGGCGACCUGGUGACACAUGGCUGGCUUCACACCCGAGAAGCGAUCAAAUUGCACAAGAGCGUCAACGCAAUUCCAAGCGUUCUCGAGCCGGACUCCGCAAGCAUGGCCGGCUUUUCCUACGUGACACAGCUCGACCCUGACUCUAUGACGAGGCAAGGGCGCAAGCUGGAACCACACGACGAGUAUUUCGAGCGCGCGAUCUGGCUGGGCUGCUACCACCUCCUGCGCAGAGGAAGCACAAUGGAAGAGAUCCGCGACUGGUGCACCGAACGGACAGAGAUAUGGAGAGCUGGCACGAUCUCUGCCUUACCGCUCUCAGCCCUCGGAGACGACGACAUAUCCGAUUUCGACCCCUCUUCGUUCAUCCUCUGGCGGCGCAUGUGCUAUGCUCUGGUGAAGUCAGGCGGCACCGAUGAUUGGGAGCGCGGCGUGUAUGGUGUGCUUUCUGGCGACAUUGACAGCGUGCUCGCCGUCUGCAAGACCUGGGACGACUUCAUCUUUGCUCACUACAACGCUCUCCUGCGCACUCAAUUCGAUUCAUACCUGAUCAAGCAGUGUGGACCUACGGCAGCAUCUUCCCAAGUCCUACCGUCUUUCGAUGCUGUUCAGUACCUAGGCGAAGGACCAGCCGUUGCCAAGAAACUGGUCGAGCAAAUCGAGGCCGAUGGUACUUACUUCGCACAGGCUCACAAGGAGGCCAACACCGCUGCCAAAGCUUUACAGGGUGCCAUCAUCGCCAACACGUUGGGCUCAUACAUAUACCAGCAAGGUCUUGCUCUUUCCACGGAGGCCAAUCAGGACGGCAAGUCCUUCCUGAUCCCCGACUUUAACCUCGGCCCUUCUGAAGGCAACGCGUCAAAAUACACCAAAAUGUCUGAGCACGAUGGUCUUCGGGUGAUCACUCACAUUGUGAUCAUGAUCAAUGCUCUUGAGUCGCAGAAUGCCGACUCGAGGCUGCCAGGUGGUCUCGACAACAUGGUCGCUGAGCACGCCAUCGCCGCCUACGUCAGUUUUCUACGUUUGGCUCAGCUUGAGCUCUUGAUACCUCUAUACUGCGCUCAGCUCUCUGAUACCCGACGAUACGAGAUACUGAGCUUGAAUAUCAUCCACGUGAGAGAUCGGGAGGAGCAGAUGGCGCUGCUCAACCAGAUUCGGCGGGUCGGGAUGGACAUCAGAACGUUUCUGAAGGAACAACCACGACACUUCCUGAAGCAGCUCGAAGAUACGGCUAGUGUGCCACCCAAUAAGGAGCGGUUCCACAUACUCAAGUCAAGCCAACCGGAUGUGAUCUGUGGACGAGGUAUCAUUCCGGACUUCAUUGGUGGUGAUGGCCGUAAUGACAUGGUCCAUGAGAACCUGAUUCGAUCCAUGGAAUGGCUUUUUGCAGGGGAGGGUAACCUUCUCACUGCUUGCGAGUUUGGUAUCAAAAUUUACCAAUACUUCCUUAAACAUAACCACCUGGCAGCUGCCCGCGACUUCUUCGAGCGCGUAAAGGUCGAAGAUCUCAUCAUGGCACUCGCAAACAGAGAUGUAGGGGAGUCUGCUGAGGAGUUUAUCAAUGAGCUUCUCACCGAUGAGCAUGCCCUUCUCGGGGAGAUUGACCUUGGUGGAGAGGACGACCAGGCGAUCUCGCAGACACGCCUCGCACUUGCGAUUAAAAACAUGUGGGAGCUGCAAAGCUUUGUCAUGGCCCUAGACGGCAUCGAGACCGUCGGUACUCUGACGCAAUUCGCCGAAGACAGUAGCAACCCCAUAAACCGCGAGUUCUACGAACGGCUCGGACAGGCCAUCCGCUCGGCCAAGAAUGGCAUGAAGCCCAUUCUCAAGGGCUGGUUGUUGGAGACCAAUGAUCCACAGAACGAGCUUGAAUUUGCUCAUCUGCGGGAAGCAUAUUUGCCCGAGACGCUGAUUGCCUACGUUUCGGCACUCCAGUACGCAGGAAGUAGCCUUACUAGAGACAAUUUGCUGGAAGCGAUGAACCUGGCGGCGGUGGUUGCGGAGCGCAACUCGGACGUGGCAGCGCUGCUCGUCAAGACGGGCCGUCUGAAAGAACUGAUCGAGGCCUUUGCUUCGGUCAGUAAAGCACUGGCAGCGGAGCCGCCCACGGAGAAGAAGAAGGCCAGCAAGGCAGGCCAGACGAGUGCCAAGAAAAUGAGGGAGCUGGGCUGGUCCAAGGAGCUAUGGAAUGUCAGGGGCGCUUCAUGAGCAUGCACCGAAGUGGGGGUUCCGUCCUUGGAGGUGAGAGAUUCAGCUGCCGUUGAUAUGUGGCAUGGUAUUUGGACAGUUCGGCUGGCGUUGGUUGUUUGGUGGCAUCUAUGAGUUUGUUUGGUAAUGGCCAUCCUCUGCGCAACAAAAGCAAAUCACGAUAUCUCUAGACAGACAUCAAUGGCAUAAAAAUGCGAUC